CUGGCAGUGACCAUGGGCUGUGAGAGUCCGCUCCUGCUGCAGCUGCGGUCAUCAUGACCACGCCCGCCUCCCGCAGACCAUGUUCCAUGUUUCUUUUAGGUAUAUCUUUGGAAUUCCUCCCCUGAUCCUUGUUCUGUUGCCAGUAGCAUCAUCUGAUUGUGAGAUUGAAGGUAAAAAUGGUGAAGAAUAUCAGCAUGUUAUAAUGGUCAGCUUCAAGGAGUUGGAACGCAUAAGAGAAAAUGCUAGUAAUUGCCUUAAUAAUGAACCUAACUUUUUAAAAAGGCAUUCAUGUGAUGAUGAUAAGGAAGCUACAUUUUUAAAAACUGCUGCUCGCAAGUUGAAGCAAUUUGUUAAAAUGAAUAUCCAUGAAGAUUUCAAGCACCACUUAUCUGUAGUUUCACAGGGCACAUUAAAACUGUUGAACUGCACCCGGAAGGAUAAAGAAAAAAAACAACCUUCCCUGGGUGAAGCCCAACCCACUAAGAAUUUGGAAGAAAAAAAAUCUUUAAGGGAACAGAAAAAACAGGAUGAAAUGUGUUUCCUAAAUAUACUGCUAGAAAAGAUAAAAACUUGUUGGAAUAAAAUUUUGAGAGGCACUAAAGAACAUUGAAAGUAUGGCGUGACAAUAUGAAAAUGUGUGAAGUUUAGUUGCAUACUUCAAGAAUCGAUCAAUUUUUCGGGGAAGAAUGCCUCCUAGACAUUACUGAGUACAUCCUGGUAAGAAUGGGCUAGAGCAGUUGAGAAAUACAUACUGUGGUACUAGAAGAUGGACUUAAACAAUGAAAACUGAAUGCUGCAAUCAAUGAACUAUUUUAUAUGUAUAGGGACAUAGAUCAGCUGGUGUUAAUUUUGUGCUGAUUUGUGUAAGAUGAUCAAGGUAAGGUAUUAACUAAAAUAUUACUUUUUUAGAUGUUAAAAAAUUUCAGAAGAAAUGUAAAAUUUGUGACAUGUAUAAAGGUUACAAGAAUUCACAAUUAACAUUGCUUUAUUACUAAAAUAUUUUAUGGCCUCCUAUGCAUCAGUAUACUGCAGUAAGUGUGGAAAUUGUCAUCUGCGUUCAAAGUGUUUCAGAGUUAACAGUGAGCUAUAGAUAAUGCCCAAGAGAACAAGUCGUUUAUCUUAAAGCAACACUAAGGAGCACCAAGAUGCUUAAGAAAGAUAUCAAGACAUGUAAUUAAACAUGAAUGUAUUGCACAGUGCCUCUAGUAAAUGGCAUAGCAAAUGUUUUAAAAUGAAAAUAAAGAAUAAUUUCACAAAAUAGGAAAUCAUCUGUUCUAAGGAUGCUAAACCAUCGUACUGAGUUUCUUCUGUCAUUUAUGUGUAAUAAAUAAAACGUCUAAAUGAGUUUGCA